AUGUUCAAAGAAUAUGGAAUUCCUUGCAAUGAGGAGGUAAUUGAAGAAUGUAAAGAUCUUACCAUGGAUGUUUAUGAAAAAAACACAAUUAGCAGAGCAAUUAUGGAAAAUGACUUACAAACAUUUAUAAAAUUCACUGAACUAGAAGACUUUGAUGUAAAUCAGCAGUUGCGUAGCAUUUUCUAUUAUCUACCUAUGACUUUACUUGAAUUAUGUUGCUAUCACGGAUCUGUUGAUUGCUUUAAGUUGUUACUAAGUAAAUUCCACUUAGAAUUCAAAUUUAAAUGCCUUGGUUAUUCAUUUUUGAGUGGAAAACCAGAAAUCAUCAAUGAAUGCUUGAAGUAUUCACUUCCAAACGAUAAAUUUGUAUAUGAUCAUUGUAUGAGAUGUGCAAUUGUAUCUCAUAACAUUGAUUUUGUUUCAUUUCUAAUGAAUGAAUACAAUAUACAUGUAAACUUAUAUGAGUGUCCAAUAUUCAAUAAUAUUCAAGCAUUUUUAGUGUACUUGGACCAAACAAAAAAUAUCGACGAAUGUUUUGUAGAAUCACCUGCUUUUGAUUGUCUUCCUCUUUGUGAAUAUUUCUUAUCAAAAGGAGCAGAUAUCAAUGCAAAAAAUAUAUUAGGAGAUACAUGUCUUUUUACUGCAGCCAUGUAUGGUGGUGCACAGCGUAUAGAGUUUUUAAUUUCUCAUGGAGCGGAUAUCAAUGCAAGGGAUGAUGAACAGAAUACUCCACUUUUCAAAGCAGCAGUUUCAAAUAAUAAAGAGGCAGUAGAAUGUUUACUUGCUCAUGGAGCUGAUGUAAAUACAAUAAAUUCCUUUGGAGAAAAUCCUCUGCUUUAUUCAUUUAAAUCUAACAACAAGGAACUUGCAGCAGAAAUUGCAGAAAUUUUCAUUUCCAAUGGGAUAGAUUUCAAUUUAAAGAAUGAAGAAGGAAUGACAGCCUUUCAUGAUGCAGCAGCACUAUCCCACAAAAAUACACUCGAGUUACUUAUGUCACAUGGUGUUGAUAUUUCAUCAAAGAGCAGUGAUGGAAAAACCGCAUUUCAUUACGCUACAAUUACUAAUGCUAGAGAUUCAUAUGAAUUUCUAGUAUCAUGUGGCAUUGAUGUCAAUGCAAAAGAUAAUGAUGGAAAUACACCCAUUCAUUGUGCUACACUUGAGAAUCACGGAAUGUUUCUUCUUGUCACAUCUUUUUUGAGUGACAAAAGUUCAAAAAUCCAAAAAACAUUCAAAUAUUUGAUUUCUCAUGGUGCAGAUAUCAACGCAAAAAACAAUCAAGGAAAAACAGCUCUUCAGUUGGCCAGAGAUCAAAACAAUACAUUUAUGGAAAAUAUUCUUAAAUCGCUUGGUGCUGAGUAA